GCAUGAAAAAUAUAUUCAAUGAUUUGAGCAGCGAGAACGACGAGGCUUCCGCCGUCCCUCUGAAUAAAUCGUCUGUCAAAAACUGACAGAUGAAGAAAAUUGCGUUUCGGGAAACGCACUUCACCGGCGAUUGUUUUUCGGGUUGUACACACGUUUUUUUAAGCUUUUAAUCGUUUCGAUAAAAAUAAUAAUUUAUCGUAAUAACGAAAAUCAGACACGCCUCGUGAAAAUCGAACAGAAAAUUUAAUUGCCGAGUGUAUCGAGUGGAAAGUUCAUGCAAGCGAAUAAUCCUGACCUUCGUUAAAAGACUAAAAAAAGUUGAGUGAAAGAUCUAUUGUCAGUUGGUGUCUUUUUAUUUUUACUAUCGAGGCAUCCUGCGAUUUUUAGAUGCACUUAUGUUAUGUAAUUUAUCCUUAAAAGUUUGAAGAAGUAAAAUCGUACAGUUCGAAACUUUUUUGAGCAAUUUUUCUCCCAGGAAAUGGUUUAAUUUCUGACAGCAGGCUUGUAAAAAAAUUACACCAUGGCAUCGGCUGCUGAACAACAUCAAACCACCCUGGAGUUUUAUCAGGCGAUGGCAGACUUCAAAAAUAUGUUUCCACAGAUGGAUGACGACGUAAUUGAGGCUGUUCUACGUUCGAAUCAAGGUGCGGUGAACACGACCAUUGACCAACUAUUGGCAAUGAGCACCGACAAUGAGAAUGAAAAAAUUCGCAGUGAAUUAGAAGAGAACGAAGAGCCAGGGAAAAGUCCAAAAACGGCGAAGCAAGAAGAAGCGGCAAAAUCAUUGCGCAGCGCUCAGAAGUGGCAGCCUCCGCUGUUGGGCCCAUUGCCAGACAGUUUCCUCAGAAUUCCGCAACAGUUGGGAGAAAGUUUGGAGACCGUUGAGUCAGGUAGUGCUCCAGAAAGUUCGAUGUUGGAGGAUGAGAGAAUUGCCAUGUUUCUGCAGAAUGAAGAAUUUAUGGCUGAGCUUCGCUGGAACCAGGACUUUCUUACUACGUUAGAAAAUGAUGCAAAACUGCAAGGAACGGAGAUUGAAAAAUGUCGCAGCUCCACGAACCACGACGACGAGGAUCUCUUUAAAGAGAGAUUGAGAAACAUGGGCAAAGUAUCGCGACGCAAAUUUGCUCAGCUCACGAAAGUUUUUACCCGGAGCAAGAAACGGGGUGGUCGUCAAUUGUUGCCGCCAACAGCAUCUUGCGACGAUCUCUUGGACCCGGAGGAAUCUUCGAGACCUCAGACUUAAGUAAAACCGAAAGCAAAAAUGGGUUCGAAGUAUGUUUCAACGCGUAUAAAUCUCAUGAAAAUGAAGAAAUGAAAAAGCGCACCUCGCUAAAACAAACGAAUCCCGAACGCCUGAGCGAAUUUAAAUAACUCAAAAAUUCAAACAAAAAUUUUAUCCUCCGUGUUAUUCGCGAUAUUGAUGCGUUUAGAAAUCUCACAAUAUUCACGUUGACGCACGAGAUAUACGAAAAUAGAAGAAAAACGUUAACGGAAAUAGACAAAAAAGAAAAUAGAAUUCAUAAACAUCGAUUCUGAAGAAACUAAAAAAAGUAUCAGGAUAGCGGGUUACUUAAAAAAAGUACAUAAUAAAAUGAAUUCAAAAGAUAGGAGCAGAGUAAGGCGUCGAAUGAAAAUUUGGGUUAUUUGACGGAUUAGUUUUUAGAAGACCCUUUGGAGACUGAAUUUUGGGAAGGUAGAUAUUUUACCUUUAGACAAUUGUUUUGUUGUACCUUAAUAACUUUUGUUACUUAUUUAUGUGUUAUUUAUAUAGAUAUAACAUUAGCACGUCAAAGUAGUGAUAAUUUUUGUGAUCAAAUUGCACGUUACGUUUUAAAAGAAUUUUUAGAGUAAUUAAAAAAAAGAACAAAAUUGUUGAUCAGAUUUCUCUCAGGAUUCAAAGUGUACUUUGAUUUUAAGGUACGUUUCGCACCUAGUCAUCGAUUUUAAGUAAUCAUUGUCUCUUUAUAGCGAUGUUCGUCGUCGAAUUGUCAAAAAAACAAACAAAAACCGUCAACGGUUGAUAUUAUUGUUAACGUCGAGUAUUUAUGUAAUUUAAAAUGACACUAGAUUAGAAUAAUAUGAGAGGAAUGGUGGGGGGAGUAAUCGGGGAGUUUGGAAACUGUUUUAACCGAAUUUCGAUGACAUAGGCUCAUUGUGAUCAUCGCAUUUUUCUCAAUCGACGAUUAUAACCUAAAGUUUCGAAAUAACCUCAAAAUGAAUAAGCUAUUUAAAUCAACGGUAAUCAACCGUCGAUGAAUAUCAGUUUCCUGAAAAAAAAAAAAAAUUUUCCAGCAUCAUUUAACCUGCUCCCUAGCGUAUUUCUAGUCAAGAUCAAUACCUGAAAAAAGUGUCAUCGUUAUUUGUCAUGAAAAUUAAAUGUCACUGAAAUAACGAAA